GGCUGAGCCAUAGAGUAGCUGGGGCUGGAGCGGCCUUCCCCCCACUCUCGGUCUCUGGCUCUCGCUCGCUGGCGGCGGCUAGUCGUGGGAGAGGCGGCGACGGCGGCGCUGCAACAUGGCGGCCGUGGAGGAAAGGGGCAGCCCCGAGGAGGAGAAGCACCUGAACGGGGAGGUGCUCUUGGAUCCCGAGGAGAGAGAAGGCGCGGCGGGGCCUGGCGCUGAAGAAGGAGCGAAGAAGAAGCGCAAGAAGAAGAAGAAGAGCAAAGGAGCCGCCGCGGGACAAGAAACCGAGAGAGAAUCUGAGUCAACACUUGAUGAGGUGACAAAACAAUUGGAUAAACAAGCACUGGAGGAAAAGGAGAAAGAAGAUGAUGAUGAAGAUGGUGAAGGUGAAGGUGAUGGUGCAGCAGGGAAGAAAAAGAAGAAGAAGAAAAAGAAGAAAGGACCUAAAGUCCAGACAGAUCCUCCGUCUAUUCCAAUAUGUGAUUUGUUUACUACUGGAAUAUUUCCAAAAGGUGAAGAGUGUGAGUAUCCACCAACACAAGAUGGGCGAACUGCUGCUUGGAGAACAACAAGUGAUGAAAAGAAAGCGCUAGAUCAAGCAAGUGAAGAGAUCUGGAAUGAUUUCAGAGAGGCUGCUGAAGCACACAGACAAGUGAGAAAAUACGUUAUGAGCUGGAUCAAACCUGGAAUGACAAUGAUAGAAAUCUGCGAAAAACUAGAAGACUGUUCACGGAAGUUGAUAAAAGAGAAUGGCUUAAAUGCUGGGCUUGCAUUUCCCACGGGAUGUUCUCUGAAUAACUGUGCAGCCCACUAUACCCCUAACGCUGGAGAUCCAACUGUAUUGCAGUACGAUGAUAUCUGCAAGAUAGAUUUUGGAACACAUGUCAGUGGUCGUAUCAUUGACUGUGCUUUUACUGUCACAUUCAAUCGAAAAUAUGACAGGCUGUUACAAGCUGUAAAAGAUGCAACUAAUACUGGAAUAAAGUGCGCUGGAAUAGACGUUCGCCUUUGUGAUGUUGGUGAGGCUAUUCAAGAAGUCAUGGAAUCUUACGAAGUUGAAAUUGAUGGCAAAACAUAUCAAGUGAAACCAAUUCGCAAUCUGAAUGGCCACUCUAUUGGACCAUAUAGGAUACAUGCAGGCAAAACUGUUCCCAUUGUGAAAGGAGGAGAAGCAACAAGAAUGGAAGAGGGAGAAGUAUAUGCUAUAGAAACCUUUGGCAGCACAGGAAAAGGUGUUGUUCAUGAUGAUAUGGAAUGUUCUCAUUAUAUGAAGAACUUUGAUGUUGGACAUGUGCCAAUAAGGCUUCCAAGAGCAAAACACUUGCUGAAUGUUAUCAACGAAAACUUUGGCACUCUUGCCUUCUGCCGCAGAUGGCUAGAUCGUCUGGGAGAAAGUAAAUAUCUAAUGGCUCUGAAGAACCUGUGUGACUUGGGUAUAGUGGAUCCAUACCCUCCCCUAUGUGAUAUUAAAGGCUCAUAUACAGCACAGUUUGAGCAUACCAUAUUAUUGCGUCCAACAUGCAAAGAAGUUGUCAGUAGAGGAGAUGACUAUUAAAACUUCAAGGCCAUUACCUCACCUAUGUACUCUGUUGGAACACAUUAUGCCAGAAUAAAUUUGCAGUCUGUUUUAACAGUGGACCCCAUGUGAUAACUUUCCAUGUUCGGAAAGAGGAAUUUAAUCAAAGGCAAGUUCUCUCAUGUAUCUAACAAAAGGAAAAACAGCUUUUGAGGCCUCUAGAGUAUUUCAGGUUACUUCUUAGUUUGGAAUGAGUUAUACAUAUUGUUUUAAUAUUUCUGAGAGAAGGCUUUUGAAUAUUUAUAUUACCAUAUUCCCUACUUGAAUGCUUUGAAUGACUACACCUGAUUUCUGCGCCUAAGUUGUCUCUGGUAUUGCCUUUUAACUUCCUGGAAUCCAUUUUGUAAAAAAUAAAGACAGAUUUAUGGAUCUAACACCAAAUAUGGUUUUUAAAAGUGUUAAAAGUGCUAGGCAGCAGUGCUCUGGGGGGAAAACCUGCCUUAUUAAAUCCUGUAGAUGUAUUCUUUCUCUACUUACAUUGGAUAUCAACACAAGGCAUGGUCUACUUUUCUGAAGUUUUGUCCUAUAUAGCAUGAGUCUUGCCUUGCUUUACGUCAUGAAGUUACGAACUUUCAGGAAUGUUAUCUGCCCUCAGCUGUGGUACACUGACCUAUAUUGCAUAGCUUGAUAGGUUCUUUCUAUGAAUGGGGAAUUGAAGUUGGUCUUAUUCUGCUCAUUUCCCCCCAUUCAUUUAUGAUAAAUCCCCUAGCCAGCUUAAACAUUAUUUGAUACUUCAGUUAUGACACUUAUUUAAAUGACAAUGCAAAUAUUCCAUUUAUCAGAACUCUGGAUAUUCUUCAUUAUGUUCAGAAACUGGAUUAUAUUAUUUUCCCAUUACACUUGUUAAGACUAGUUUCAUUUGAAAUCUCUGCUAAUAAAAGUUUGAUACAUUA